AUGCAACGAUGUAGAAAGAAUGUAGUUAGCGACGGGAUGACUCACGAAAUUGUCGCAUGGGUUUCGCUACUAUAUAUCUGGAGGUGCCGCGCAGGUGGAAUAAUGAUGAUAUAAUAUUGUACUCGAAGCUAUCCGUAGGUAAUUCAAUAAGCGCGUCGCGAUUCGAACAAAUAAGUGUAUUCCAAGAUGUUCACCCGUAGCGCUUUCGUCGCGGCCGUAUUAGCCAUCCAACACGUCAACGCAUGGGUUGACGAGUCCAUUCAAGGCCACGACUUCGACUUCACAGCAACGUAUGCCUCAGGCUUGAAACUCUCCACCAGCGAACCACCGAAAGAUAUCCUCAAGCCCGACGAAAUCGCCUUAAAAAUCCCCGAGGUCGCGCUCUCUGAACAAGGCAACACGGAUGACCGGUACAUCUCGUUCCUCGAGAUAUCACGCAUACCGGAGUACGAUUCGAUCAACGACGUGAUCUACGCCUUCCCGUGGAUAAAAACCAACCUCAUCGCCAAAGAGAACGGCACGCUCAGCGGCGAGUUAUACGAGUCCCAUACCAUCGACCAUCUAUACGCUAUCGAGGGCGGUGAGGUGCGCAACGCGACAAUGCACGUGUGGCGACAGACCCCCGCGCUUAUGGAUUUCCUGGACGAUAAGGACUGGCCCAUCUUAUGGCAAUUGGCACGUGUGUGGUCCAAUGCGACGAGUAAGGUGGAUUAUAAUUUUGAGCGCGCGAACGUAAACUUCAAGAUCCAGAAUGCGACGGGCGAUUAUCGUGGCGAUAUAGAUGGGAAUGGUGCGAGUAUCUCCGGAUACACUGAGACUGCGACAAGGACUGCGAGCGCGACGGGGACCCCAACAAAUGUCCCCAGUACCACGACCGGUGCCGGGUCGGCACCCGCUUCUACAACGGGUAACGCCGGACCUACAGAAAUUCCGAGUGCUGCUUCAACCCGAGUCCCCAUUUCUUGGUUGACGGCGGUCUCUGGUGUCUUACUCCUCGCUCCUGUUGUCUGGCUCAUUUGAUUAUGGAUAUAAGCGCCUGAUAAUGCGUCAAUCUACAUCUAAAUCGCCCCGGACAGACGAAAUGUCUCGCUAUAACAGGUUGAACAACAUCCCAUAAGCUUUGAGAUUCGACUGCUCAUUCUUCCAACUCGCCGCGGGAUUUCCACCACCUACACACGUAGAUGUCUAGACUUUUCGUGGGGUAGAGGGUAGGCUGGGGGUAGCAUAUAUGGCGGCACGAUUCUGCGAGGGUGGCUAGCGGCUUCAUGCG